AUGUCUUCUCCCUCUAUCACAAACUCUAGCAAUUCCAGAUUUGCUCUCACUGGAUUUCCUGGUUUAGAAAAUUACUAUGCCUGGCUCUCAAUUCCCUUCUCCUCCAUUUAUGCUAUAGUUUUCCUUGGAAAUUUCAUGGUGCUCCACGUGAUCCGGACUGAAUCAAGCUUACACCAACCCAUGUUCUACUUCCUGGCAAUGUUGGCUCUCACUGACUUGUGCAUGGGCUUGUCCACCAUGUACACAGUGCUAGGAAUUCUAUGGGGAUUUGUUGAUGAUAUCAGCCUGGAUUCUUGCAUUGCCCAGUCCUACUUUAUUCAUGGUUUGUCCUUUAUGGAAUCCUCUGUUCUCCUUGCUAUGGCUUUUGAUCGAUAUAUUGCCAUUUGCAACCCUUUACGCUACUCCUCUAUCUUAACUAAUGACAAAAUCAUAAAAAUUGGGGUGGCAAUCAUAUGCAGGAGUUCUUUACUCAUACCUCCAGUCAUUAUUCGCUUGAGGUUUUUAAAUUAUUGUCGUCCCCACAAACUUUCUCAUUCUUUCUGUCUGCACCAAGACUUAAUUCGAAUGGCUUGUUCAGACAUCCGCUUCAACUACAUCUAUGGUCUGGCUCUGGUGAUCAGCAACUUGUUGUUGGAUGCAGUGCUUAUACUAAUCUCCUAUAUCAUGAUAUUGUGUGCAGUCUUAGCAAUUGCAUCUCAGGAGGAGAGAAGAAAAUCCUUGCAGACCUGUGUGUCUCAUAUCUGCGCUGUCUUGGUUUUCUACAUCCCGAUCAUCGGUCUGACCAUGGUGCAUCGUUUUGGAAAGCAUCUCUCACCACUAGUCCAUGUCCUCAUGGGGAACAUUUAUAUUCUUUUUCCUCCAUUAAUGAACCCCAUUAUUUAUAGUAUCAAGACUCAGCAAAUACGAAGGCGAAUCCAGAGACUGUUUUGCUUGAGUCGAAUGUAA